AUGUCUCGCUUUGAUGGUUUGAGCAAGCAGGACCUCCUGUCUAAGUGGAUUCGGGAUAUUUGGGCAGCCGGCUUCGAAAAUAAGGAAGCUGCGGAAGCCAUGGAAACGACGCGUUCCAGAUCCGGUCAGAAGCUGGCUGUCACAAGGCCGAGCUACUUUGACAACAGCUUAGAUGAGGAGCUACCGCGACGGUACACCUUGCAGGUGGACACAGAGAGAUUGCUGCAGAUCGCUGGGCCAGAAGGACGUCUCAUAGUCUCAUGGACUACAGGCGGACCCAAACGGUGGUCCAUUGCACACAACCUGGCGCUUUCUAUUCGCAGGAACACGCCAGAGCUGGAGCGAAUCUUUGUAUUUGUCGCGCUUGAUGCAGAUGCUGUUCGACGUGCGGAAGCAUCCAAGUUCAAUGUAGUUCUCAAUCAGGGGUCGCAUGACUUGCAAGAUGACAUUUGGAAGAUGCGAUGGCUCAUUCAAACCACCUGCAUUUCGCUGGGGCUAGAGAUCCUUGUGGUAGAUUCUGAUAUCGUUUUUCUGGCGAACCCCUUCCAGCACUUCUUCUUUGACUCAGAUUUAGAGGCAAUGACGGACCACUUCUUCCCUGCUGAGCAGCUUUGGGCAACAUGGUUGCGGCCUGCGGAGCACAUAAACACCGGAUUCCUCUUCGCCCGGCCUUCUGCACAACUGCUUGCUUUUCUGGUGGAGUUUAUUGACGCCCACUACUAUGCACAGGAGGGGCCAACACUUCGCGAUGGAAUGGAUCAGCGGGUGUUCAACAAGUUUGUCAUGAGCAAGAUGGAAAUGAACCCGCCCGAGGUUGUCAGCCACUAUGAGAACAACACAUUUCGCGGACUAGACUGGCAGGGCAGAACCAGACGUUUUACUCCAAAAGAGACGUGGGAUUUCCCGAGAGGGUCCGGCGAGAAGAUCAGCCUGCGCCUUCUCGAUCCUGUGUGCAUUUCGCACGGCAUGAACUACUUCUGGCGCAAGGCCUACAAGCUUAAAAGCUGUGCUGGAAAAGGUGGGCCGCCUGCUAUCGUUCAUGUUAAUGGGGUCGAUCCGAAGAUGUACUUCCUGCGUGACAGAAAUCUGUGGUAUGUGGACGACUGGGACGAGCGCUUCAACGACACAACCUCUUUCCUGGUGUAUGAGCAUCCACGGGGCCUGAAUCUGUCAGAGGAUUUUGAAGUACUUAUCGCUGCUCUCGAGAUGGGGGCAUAUCUUCGGCGACGCGUGGUACUACCAGACCGUAUGAACUGCGCCAACAGCCCUGCCUAUAACAUCUAUAACCUGAGCGAAACGAUGCUUGAUGAGCCAGGGUGCACAUACGAUUAUUUUGCACAUGCCAAUGGCCUCUAUGAGGUGUAUUCACGUGUGAAGCCCUACGCCAUCGAAGCAGGCAUCGCCCGCGAGCCACGCUUCCGCGACCUUUCGAAAUCUCAGCUGCCAUCAGUGGCCGAAUUACAACGAAGCGGUCUCUUGCGGCAGGAAAUCCUUGAAGCUCAAGGUCAAAGGAGGGCGGCAUUUGGUGGGCAAGUUCUUCAUGUCGGUGAAGACAUCCGACAGCUGCGUGAUGGUCUGCGCAGUGGGUCCUUUGGGCUUCGGAUGAAUGCAGAACAUGUCUUUAGUUGUUCCUAUCAAGAGCCGCUGGUUGGCGCCAUGGCAUGUUUGGAUGAACCUUAUGUGGAAGAGUUUGGUGCAGAGGUUCUGUGUGAGUCCAACAGCUUCACCAGAGGAUGUGGGCCGGUUGGCAUUUGCUGCUGCUGGCCGUUUUGGGGAUGGGGUGAGAAGCUGCAGUACUUCACAGGGGUCCCAUGGGAUUUGCCAUGUAAUUGUGGUGUAUCUGUGUGCGAGAGAUUCAGUCGAAGCGUGGAGUCGGGGACUGAAAAUUGCUGCCGCCACGCCGGGAGCACAGCAAUCUUUCCAGUCACGGAUCCCGGAGUCUUCUACUGCGAGACGAACACUAGUUGGUCUGGGCCGACUGGAGCUGAGGACAGCAACACUUACACCUCGCAAGCGUUGGUGGAGUUUGCCGCGAACAAGCGCACUGUGGAGCAAAGCUUCCAGACCUGCAGCUUGGAUCGCUUGCUCCGCAGGGGCGAUGCAUUUCAGGAGACAACUCUGCGGGAGUGCCACCUGACCAUUCUAGCUUUUAGUAAUCUUCAGUUCAGCCAAGACCUUGGCGUGACUUUAGACAUCGGUGCAUACCUGCUCCGGCGCUCCAAGUGGAAGAAGCUGCAGGAGUGGUUGGCCAGGGAGAUUGCUGCAAAGGAGGCCAUGCAAGAGUUUGAUGCCAAAGGCAACCGAACAGGCCCUGCUUUCUGGCCUUUAGGGCUUCGAAGCGAGGAUAAAGCGAUCUGGACCCCCAAAGAUGUUGAAGAGCUUCGACAGCGUCUCCCAAAGUACAAAAUCAAGGGGCCAGGUGUUCGCGCUAUCUGCUGGGGACAGGGAGAGCUCGUUGGACCGAGACUUCGUCUCAUGAAACGCGUGCGUGGGGUGCACUCGGUGGAAGAGGCUGCCCAGAUGUGUGAUGACAUGGAAGACUGCACGCACUUUUCCAUCAUGGUGGGACCCGACUUCCCCAUGUCCGUGGACUUUGACAAAGGCAUUCCGUACCGAGCGGAUUUCUGCAGAGGGCCCAUGGUCACGACUGUGGACUACCCUCAUACUCACACCUUUGUCGGUAUCAAGAAGUACGCGGCGAGGGAGCAUGACCUUCCCCCUCCAGAGAGCAACGCGGCACCUGUCCCUCUCGAAGACGGACCUCUUGAAGCCUUCGGCCGAGACAUAGGAUACUUCUUCAAUUACCGCGACCGCCUUAAAAGAUUGGCAGAACAAGAGAAAUUGGAUCGCCUCAAGAGCGCAACCAAUCAACUCAAAACCAUCAAAAAGACACAGACAGCAAAGGAUGUCAAAGAACAGCUGAAAUCAAUGGAGAGCUUCAUGCCCAUCCUGCUCAUUCCAAGCUGGCAGGACUGGGUCUUCCAGCAGCGCAGAUCACUUGGGAAUUCCUCUCGGCUCAUUGUAAGCAUGGAGGGAAAAAUCAUCACUGACAACACAGGCUUCUCCUUCGGGAAGCUGGCUCACGAUGUGGCGCAGCUGCAGUACAUCAUCUCCUCAGGUGCUGAUGUUUCGGAUGAGGUGCACCAGGCUGCUGCCGGAUUUGGGAGCCUGCUUGCACGCUUUUCCGAGCUUCAGCAGGGAGCGCUUGUGCGGGAGGAGGUCAACAAACAAUUCGCAGAGGUUCGGCCAUUCUUCAACAGAGCGCUGCACCUCCCGGACUUCGCUCCGUCUCUGGCAGGAGUUCCCCAGCUUUUGAGCUCUGCAGUUGAUUGGGAAGGUGCCGGCUGGCAUUGUUGCAUUGACUUUGCGCAUUAA